AUGCCGUUCGGAAUUCUCAACACCCGUAAUAGCGUCGAGCAUGUUCAAGGAACAAGCCUGCUGCGGGUUGACAGCCUCGAAGAGGCUGAAGCAGCGUCUGGGCUCGAGAGGGGAACUGGUAAGCACGCAACGACUAUCUUGAUUCCCCAACCAAGCCAUGAUCCCAACGACCCUCUUCGCUGGCCACUCUGGCAGCGGGACCUGAUGUUCCUGCUGUACCUGUACUGCACGAUCCUAUGUGCCGGUGGUAUCGGUCCCUUGUUGUCAGCCAGUGCUGCUGUCCUCAGUAAGGAGCUCAACGUUAGCUAUACGGAUAUUACACUGCUCACUGGGUAUAAUACCUGCGCUGUUGGUGCCUCCGGGAUCUUGAUUGCAGCCUCCUCGAGAAAGUUCGGCAAGCGCGUAACGUUUAUUUUCUCGAUGCUUUGUGCCUUUGCGGGGACAGUUUGGGGAGGGGCUUCUCAGUCAUACAACUCUCUCCUAGGGGCUCGCGUUAUCCAGGGACUUGGGGUGUCCAUGUUUGAGUCUGUCACAUUCUCCGUUGUCGGUGACCUCUACUACGUCCAUGAGCGAGGUGCCAGAGUGGCCGCGCUUACUGUCGCCAUCUCGGGCCUGGCUAAUUUCCCCGCGCUGCUCUCUGGCCUGAUAACCACCCGCCUGGGCUGGAGAUGGAUGUUCUGGAUGCUCGCUGUAUUUCUAGGCAUUGGAUUGGCACUUGCACUGCUGUUCGGGUGGGAAACAGCCUUUAAUCGACCAGAUGAAACCGCGGAGGCUGAGGCGAUCUCCUGCAAGGACGAGACCGGAGUCGACACUCUCGAAAUAGAACACUCUGAUAUCAUCGCAGCUAGACCGACCAAGGCACGUAAAUCCUUUCUCCAACGCCUCCAACCAUUCUCGGGAAGCUACUCCGAUAUGCCCCUAUGGAAAACGGCGCUGAACCCGUUUUUGGUACUGAUUCACCCAGCAGUGAUCUGGUCGACCGUCCUCCUCGCGAUAACAACAGCUUGGUAUGUAGUUGUCAGCUUUGUCAUUGCCCAGAUCUUCGCUGGGCCCCCUUAUCUACUUGAGGCAGCGGAAAUCGGAUACAUGUCUGCUGGGCCCACGGUCGGUGGUACAAUUGGAUCCGUCAUUGCUGGUCUAAUCUCAGAUCCAAUUGCUGCAGCGCUUGCGUGUUGGAAUCAUGGAAUUUAUGAGCCGGAGUUUCGUCUAGUUGUCAUUAUCCCCAUGUUGAUCAGCAGUGUCUUGGGGUGGUUUCUCUUUGGGAAUCUGGCAGAACAGGGAAGGUCUCCUGCGCUUAUGACGUUUAUCUGGGGGAUUGCGUCGACGUCGAUGCAGUUCUGCUCGGCUGCUAUUGGGACUUACAUGGUCGAUGCUUAUCCGGAUAUCUCGACAGAGGUCUUUAUCAUUGGAAUGGUGGUAAAGAACUUGGCCUUCUUUGGACUUUCGUUCGGUGUUAACAACUGGGUAUCGGCAUGGGGUCCGGCAAAAGUAUUCGAUGCGAUUGGGGGGAUACAGAUAGCUCUUUGUGUACUCUCAGGCAUAGUCUGGAUAUUCGGAAAGAGAUGGAGGGCUCGCUUUUACGCCGGGUAG